UGGAGGAUAUCUCGUGCGGUUACUAUGGGACACGAGGAUCUGGUAAAAUGUACUGUUCUCCGUUCGCAACAAUUUCUUUCAGAAGAUGGCUAAGAUGAUGGACAGGUUGCAAGCUGUGACCACACAUUUCGCUCCUCAGUUACGCCGCCUCGCAGCCGCUGAUCACAUCGUCAAGACAGCUGGUGUUGCUGGUUACGCACAAGCAGUUCUCGUCCCCGAACUGGCUGUUCGAUUCGUCAAGGAAGACAUGAACGUCGACGACGACCAAACCGCUCGACAAAUCCUACGUGAUAGCAUCAGUAUUGGCGAGAAGUUGAACGCGCAAUUAAACGAUGUCGUGCCGGUCCCUGAACUGGAUGAGGAUAAGGAGAAAGCAACCGCCUGAAAAGCAUUGAUUGUUGUUGUUGAGCAUAUAUACCCCAUUUUACGUUAUUUCCGUGGUCCAUCUGUUUGAUAUCUACACUGGGAGGAUUCUUUCUGUUUUGUAUCCGGCGGACCUGCUUUUAAUCAAGUAUAUAUAGUUGCAUUCGAAUCCCAGGGUAUCUACAGCCAAUUGAACAGAUAGAGAAAAAUUAAAGGAAUUGAAGCAAUC